AUGGUAACAGUAAACUAUUUUGCUAUUGCUACUUGUACAUUAUUGAAUAUGAUUCUUGGUAUGUUAUGGUAUUCUCCGAUACUCUUUGGAACACUUUGGGUUAAAUUAAUGGGUUUCGAUUAUAAUAAAAUGAAAAAUGAUCCAAAUAUACAAAAAAGAGCUCAAAAAGGUUAUAUUAUAUCUUCGAUAUGCCAUUUACUGAUGGCAAUUAUGAUGGCACACUUUAUUGAAUAUACUCAUGCAUCAGGAUCAUGGUUUGAUGGAUUAAAAAUAGGUUUUUGCUGCUGGUUGGGCUUUACAGUAACAACAAUGUUACCAAAUCAAGUGUUUUCUAAGGACAAUUUUUCAUGGUUAGUAACUGCAAUUAAUCUUGGUUACCCAAUGGUUGGAUUAUCAAUGGCUGGUACUUUACUUGCUGCUUGGCACUAA